AUGAUACUUACAAGGUGGACAGGCAUGAUUAUUGGAGGAAAAAAGACAAAUUAUGAAAACAGAAUAUAUACCCUGAAAAUAGGAUGUGGACCUAAAUACCCAGAAGUUCCUCCAUCAGUUAGAUUUGUAACAAAAAUUAAUAUGAAUGGAAUAAAUAAUUCUAGUGGAAUGGUGGAUUCACGCAGCAUACCAGUGUUAGCAAAAUGGCAGAAUUCAUAUAGCAUUAAAGUUGUAUUUCAAGAGCUAAGAUGUCUAAUGAUGUCCAAAGAAAAUAUGAAGCUUCCACAACCACCAGAAGGACAAACAUAAAACAAUUAGUUUUAGUGGAUCUCAAACUUGUCUUUAAUCAACAACCUUCUAUUCAUAUUAAUGUCUUGAUUAAAUAUCACAAUACAAAAUACCUGCACAUUAAGUAAAAGAAUUCCAGCUGGUAAACAUGACCUGGACAUUUCUAAGAAUAUAUUUAAUAUAUGUACACCCAUUAUGUUUUCAGGUAACAGGAGGAAAAAUGUGGCACAAUUUUUCUUUCUCUUAUUAAGGCACUGUCAUUUAAACAAGAACCUGGAGUACUCCAAAUACAAUUCAGGUUUACAAGAUGAAAGCAUGGCAAAAAUUGCCAGAUGUCAGUGGAAACGUGUGUUUCUGAAAA